AAGAACGGGUGUGAUAUGAUGAUGAGAGGCUACACCACGUGUAGGGGUAAGUGGUAGUCAUGCAUUGACUCUCUCUCUAAUGCCAGCAGGCACUGCAUCUUUUUCUCUGAAAAUCUCUCUCUGAAAUUUUUUGGGGUUUGUUGAUGUCAGUUUGAAUGGAUUUACUUGGCCUUUUCUUAUAAUGGUACUCUCUUUCUCUCUCUCUCUCUCUCUCUCUCUCUCUCUCUCUCCCUCCCUCACUGUGGGGAGCAGUGGUUUGAAUAAGUAGAUUCAGAUUUGAAACUUUAAUCUUUGAAGAUUUUAUAUGGUGCAAAAUCAAUCCUUAACCUCAAAAAGGUUGAAAUUUUUAAGACAAUAAUAAAUAGAGAAAUAAAAAAAGCAUAUGUGCAUAUACAUGUGGUGAAAAGCAGGUAGCUCAUCUUUACUUCCCAUAUUAACCCAAAAAAAAUCUUUACUUCCCAUAUUUCUUCUCACCCUUUUAGAUGUAAAAGCCAUUAAGCAAACCCCUCUACUGCACCCACAAAACCACAAACACAUCAAGUCAACAUCAAGACCCCUUAACAGAGAUGUUUAAGAGACAUAGAUCCUUUUUAAGGUAUACUCAUUAAUGACCCUUUUGCCUAAAUUAGCAAUCUUAUAGAGAUUUGACUGGUUUGAACACCACAGCAACCUCCAUCAAAUCAAGCUCUCCAUAAAAGACCUAUUAGACUCUUUUUUUCCCUCCUGUUCUUUAAAGAAUCUCUCUCUCUCUCUCUCUCUCUCUCUCUCUCUCUCUGUAUAUAUUGUAUGUGCUUUAGUAUUCUUUAGGGGGUGAUGCUGCAUGCAUUUUAGUGAUGGCUGAUCAAGGAGGUAAUGGUACUAGUAGUGUUAUUAUGAGGGACUAUAGGAAAGGGAACUGGACAGUGGGGGAGACAAUGAUUCUGAUUGAGGCAAAGAAGAUGGAUGAUGAGAGAAGAAUGAAGAGAAGCGGGGAUGCUGCAGGUAGUGAAACAAGAUCAAGCAAACCAGCUGAGCUCAGAUGGAAAUGGGUAGAAGAUUACUGUUGGAAGAAAGGGUGUUUGAGAAGCCAAAACCAGUGCAAUGACAAAUGGGACAAUCUCAUGAGGGAUUACAAGAAGGUGAGGGAAUAUGAGAGGAGGGAAGGGAGGGAAGAAGCAGCAUCUUAUUGGAAGCUUGAGAAGAGUGAGAGGAAAGAUAGGAACUUGCCUACCAACAUGGUGCCUCAGAUAUAUGAGGCUUUGGUUGAUGUGGUGGAGAAGAGAGAAGCAGGCCAUCAUCAGAUCAGAGUGGUAGGUGGAGCUUCUGUUUCUGGUUCCAAUGUUCCCAAUCCCACCAUUGGAUAUGUUGUGGAGAGGCCUAUUAUAAGCACUAGUGUUCAUCAGGCUUCACUGCCUCCUCCAGUUUUGCAACAUCACAUCUCAGUUCCACCAAUUGCAGCAUUGCCUCUUCUACCCCCAGCUCCAUUAGCAGCUCAACCACCACCUACUCUUCCAUACUCACAACCUAUGCCCACAACGUGUGAAAGCUCAGAUUCUGAGACAAGCCAUGAACAUUCAGACUCACCAGCCAAAAGGAGGAGAAGGGCGAGUGGAGGUGGAGGAGGAGGUGGAGAUCAAGGAACCAGUGGAACUGUGAGUGCAAGCACCUCAAGUGAAGUGGGCACUGCCAUCUCCAGAGGUGCUUCCAUGAUUGCAGAAGCACUUCAGGGUUGUGAGGAGAGAGAAGAGAGAAGGCACAGAGAUCUUUUGAGUUUGCAUGAGAGAAGGCUACAGAUUGAGGAAACUAAAACUGAGAUCAACAGGCAAGGCAUUAAUGGUCUCAUCGAUGCCAUUAACAAGCUAGCAGAUUCUAUCCAUGCCUUGGCUUCCAACAAGAACCAAUCACCUCCAAAGUAAUCUCAUCAUCAUCUUCAUCAUCAUCUUAAUUAAUAGUAAAAAUAAUUUCCAUUUAUUUAUAAGAUAAGAUAGAGAGAAAGAUGGCAUUUCAUUGAUCCCAUUUGGUUGGUUGUAAAUAAUUUAUAAACCCCAUUAAUUUGUUCUAUUUUCCUUCUGAUCAUUAGAGA